CCAAAACAAAAUCAAACGUGGUUCAGUUUCAUUUGACAUUUGUGGGAGGCGCGAGAGGGCACUCCCAAAGAAGAGCGGAGAAGGAGAAGAAAAAAAGGGGAAAUUCGGUUUUGAGGAAGAAGAAGAGAAAUUGGCGGAAUUUUUAUAGAUUAGAUUAGAAUUUAGAUAUAGAUAAGAUUUGAUGGGAAGAGCAUUUGUUUACGUGAUUCUGGGAGGUGGAGUAGCAGCUGGAUAUGCAGCUCUCGAAUUCACCAGGAAAGGCGUCGCUCCUGGCGAACUCUGCAUCAUUUCUGAAGAACCUGUUGCACCUUAUGAGAGACCUGCCCUGAGCAAGGGCUAUUUACUUCCAGAAGCUCCCUCACGCCUCCCAUCGUUCCACACCUGCGUUGGAGCUAAUGAAGAGAGAUUAUCUCCAAAAUGGUAUAAAGAACAUGGGAUUGAGUUGGUGCUUGGUACUCGAGUUAUAUCUGCUGAUGUAAGGCGCAAAACAUUACUCACUGCUGCAGGGGAGACUAUAACUUUCAAGUUUCUCAUCAUUGCAACAGGUGCUCGGGCUCUGAAGCUGGAAGAAUUUGGAGUCACAGGAUCGGAUGCUCCAAAUGUGUGUUACUUGCGAAACUUAGCUGAUGCAAACAGGCUAGUCGAUGUGAUGGGAUCCCGAUCUGGUGGGAAUGCUGUAGUGAUCGGCGGAGGCUAUAUAGGAAUGGAAUGUGCCGCGUCUUUGGUGAUCAAUAAGAUGAACGUGACCAUGGUUUUUCCAGAACCACAUUGCAUGGCAAGGUUGUUUUCGCCGAGGAUAGCAGCAUAUUAUGAGGAGUUCUAUAAAUCCAAAGGAGUACAAUUCGUCAAAGGCACUGUCUUGUCAUCUUUUGAUUUUGACUCCGAUGGACAAGUAAGAAAAGACCUUGUUUGUUGUAUUGCUAUUCAGACUUAUGUCUUGGAUUAGUGUAACUUGAGUUUGCAAUGACUGAAAGAAUGACUGGCUUGUUGCUUGCUAUCAUCCAUCCCUUUAUGUCGUAGUGAAGAGAAUGCACUAUCGUAUUGCUUGAUUUGCAGGUUACAUCUGUGAACCUAAGAGAUGGAACUCAGCUACCAGCAGAUGUAGUUGUGGUUGGAAUCGGGAUACGACCAAACACCAGUCUCUUCGAGGGCCAACUGACUGUAGACAAGGGAGGAAUCAAGACAAACGGUAAAAUGCAGACAAGCAACACGUCAGUCUACGCAGUUGGUGAUGUGGCAGCAUUUCCAGUCAAGCUGUUUGGCGAGACACGGAGGCUGGAGCACGUGGACUCUGCCAGGAAAUCAGCGAUACACGCUGUUGCCUCGAUAUUGGAUCCCCAGAAAGCAGAUGAGUUUGACUACCUCCCAUUUUUCUACUCCAGGGUCUUUGCCUUCUCCUGGCAGUUUUAUGGGGAUAAUGCAGGGGACGUGGUCCACUUUGGUGACUUCUCCGGGAGCAGAAUCGGGGCCUACUGGGUCAGCAAGGGGCACCUGGUGGGGUCGUUCCUCGAAGGUGGAACCAAAGAGGAGUAUGAUGCUAUCGCCCUGGCCACAAAGGUGAAACCAGCAGUUGAGGAUUUGGCUAAGCUGGAAGAGCUGGGGUUGGAGUUUGCAUUGGCAAUCAGCGAGGGACCGGUGGAAACUUCUCCCCCAUCUGGUGACAAUGUCGAGAAUCCCCCUGGAUUGGCAGUGGAGAAGCCAACGGUGUAUCCUUGGCAUGCGGCAGCUGGUGUUGUUGUUGCUGCGUCGGUGGCUGCAUUUGCUUAUUGGUACGGGAGAAGGCGUAGAAGGUGGUGAACAGUCGUGGAGGAAAGUUAUGUAAUCUGUUGAAUGGUGUAGGUUACUUGAAAUUGAAAACUUGUACCUUGUGUCACAAGUUUCCACUUGUUGUACCAAAUCAUAUAGGAAGUCUUAGGAUAUGUUGAAAGAUACAUCUUGAUGAUGAUGAGACUACGAUUUGGAGAUAUACCAUUUUCAUUCAAGCACCGAAGAGUUGUGUUCUUAUCAUCAAGCACAAAAUUAAUGCAUCACAAAAUUAAAGUGGAGGUCAAAGAACUUGAUUAGGUGGUAGGUAAAUGUAUUGCUAAAUUUGUAC